GCGCGUGCGUCAGCGGCCGCUGUCGGCGUCGAGCUACCGAGUCGAAGCGAAGCUCCGGACCCACGGAUCGACUGACCGAGCGGCCCCUACGGCCGUCGGCGGCCAGGCGGCCCGAGAUGUUGUCGGGGAAGAAGGCGGCAGCCGCAGCGGCGGCCGCGGCCGCGGCGGCAGCAGCCGGCACGGAGGCUGGCCCCGGAGCUGCGGGCGGCGCCGAGAACGGCUCCGAGGUGGCCGCACCGCCCGCGGGCCUGGCGGGCCCCACCGAAGUCGGGCCGGGGGCGGCCGGGGAGCGCACGCCCCGCAAGAAGGAACCUCCUCGGGCUUCACCCCCCGGCGGCUUGGCCGAACCGCCGGGCUCCGCCGGUCCUCAGGCCGGGCCUACCGUCGUGCCUGGGUCGGCCACCCCCAUGGAAACGGGAAUAGCAGAGACUCCGGAGGGACGACGAACCAGCCGGCGCAAGCGGGCGAAGGUAGAGUACAGAGAGAUGGAUGAAAGCUUGGCCAACCUCUCAGAAGAUGAAUAUUACUCAGAAGAAGAGAGAAAUGCUAAGGCCGAGAAGGAAAAGAAGCUUCCCCCACCACCGCCGCAAGCCCCACCUGAGGAAGAAAACGAGAGUGAACCUGAAGAACCCUCUGGGCAAGCAGGAGGACUUCAAGACGACAGUUCUGGAGGGUAUGGAGACGGCCAAGCAUCAGGUGUGGAGGGGGCCGCCUUCCAGAGCAGACUCCCUCAUGACCGCAUGACUUCUCAAGAAGCAGCCUGCUUCCCAGAUGUCAUCAGUGGGCCACAGCAGACCCAGAAGGUCUUCCUGUUCGUCAGAAACCGCACACUGCAGUUGUGGUUGGAUAAUCCAAAGAUCCAGCUGACAUUUGAGGCUACUCUCCAGCAGUUGGAAGCGCCUUAUAAUAGCGAUACUGUGCUUGUCCAUCGAGUUCACAGUUACUUAGAGCGUCAUGGCCUUAUCAACUUCGGCAUCUAUAAGAGGAUAAAACCCUUACCAACUAAAAAGACAGGAAAGGUAAUUAUUAUAGGCUCUGGAGUCUCUGGCUUGGCGGCAGCUCGACAACUACAAAGUUUUGGAAUGGACGUUACGCUUCUGGAAGCCAGGGAUCGUGUGGGCGGCAGAGUUGCUACUUUUCGCAAAGGAAACUAUGUAGCUGACCUAGGAGCCAUGGUAGUGACAGGUCUCGGAGGAAAUCCCAUGGCUGUGGUCAGCAAACAAGUAAACAUGGAACUGGCCAAGAUCAAGCAGAAGUGCCCACUGUACGAAGCUAACGGACAGGCUGACACUGUCAAGGUUCCAAAAGAGAAAGAUGAAAUGGUAGAACAAGAGUUCAACCGGCUUCUAGAAGCAACGUCUUACCUUAGUCAUCAGCUAGACUUCAAUGUCCUCAAUAAUAAGCCUGUGUCCUUGGGUCAGGCGUUGGAAGUUGUCAUUCAGUUGCAAGAGAAGCAUGUCAAAGAUGAGCAGAUUGAACACUGGAAGAAGAUAGUGAAGACCCAGGAAGAACUGAAGGAGCUUCUCAAUAAGAUGGUAAAUUUGAAAGAGAAGAUUAAGGAACUCCAUCAGCAGUACAAAGAAGCAGCUGAAGUGAAGCCCCCCAGGGACAUCACCGCAGAGUUCUUGGUGAAAAGCAAGCACAGGGACCUGACUGCACUUUGCAAGGAAUAUGACGAAUUAGCUGAAACUCAAGGAAAGCUAGAAGAAAAGCUUCAAGAAUUGGAAGCCAAUCCUCCAAGUGAUGUGUAUCUUUCAUCAAGAGACAGACAGAUACUUGACUGGCAUUUUGCAAACCUUGAGUUUGCUAACGCCACACCCCUGUCUACCCUUUCCCUUAAACACUGGGAUCAGGAUGAUGACUUUGAGUUUACUGGAAGCCACCUGACAGUGAGGAAUGGCUACUCAUGUGUGCCUGUGGCUUUAGCAGAAGGCCUGGACAUCAAGCUGAAUACAGCCGUGCGCCAGGUCCGCUACACGGCUUCAGGAUGCGAAGUGAUAGCUGUGAACACCCGCUCCACAAGCCAGACUUUUAUUUAUAAGUGUGAUGCUGUUCUCUGCACCCUGCCCCUGGGGGUGCUGAAGCAGCAGCCGCCAGCUGUUCAGUUUGUGCCGCCGCUUCCCGAGUGGAAGACGUCUGCCGUGCAGAGGAUGGGAUUUGGCAACCUGAACAAGGUGGUGUUGUGCUUCGACCGGGUAUUCUGGGAUCCGAGUGUCAACCUGUUUGGCCAUGUUGGCAGUACAACUGCCAGCAGGGGCGAGCUCUUUCUGUUCUGGAACCUCUACAAAGCCCCGAUACUUCUGGCACUGGUGGCUGGAGAAGCUGCUGGUAUCAUGGAAAAUAUAAGUGAUGAUGUAAUUGUUGGCCGGUGCCUGGCUAUACUUAAAGGGAUCUUUGGUAGCAGUGCAGUGCCCCAGCCCAAGGAAACAGUGGUGUCCCGCUGGCGUGCUGAUCCCUGGGCCCGGGGCUCUUAUUCCUACGUCGCCGCAGGAUCGUCAGGCAAUGACUAUGACUUAAUGGCUCAGCCCAUCACUCCUGGUCCCUCAAUUCCAGGAGCCCCCCAGCCCAUCCCACGACUCUUCUUCGCGGGAGAACACACAAUCCGGAACUACCCAGCCACAGUGCACGGUGCUCUGCUGAGUGGGCUGCGAGAAGCAGGAAGGAUUGCAGACCAGUUCUUAGGGGCCAUGUACACCUUGCCUCGCCAGGCCACACCAGGUGUCCCUGCGCAGCAGUCCCCAAGCAUGUGACAGACGUGCUCUGAGGGUGGCGCCCCUGUGCCUGUCAUUUUGCUGUGUAAGCAAAGCUCUUCUAGCAAUAUUAGAUGCCACCAAGAACCACCCCCUGGCAUCUGGGCUUGCACUCAGUCCCUGGUGUGAGCUCCUGGUCACAGGGGGCCACUGCCGCCUGCGUGGGACGUGGAGAACGAGGAACUGGCCCAUUAGCGUGGAGUGGACCCUUCACAGACUGAGGCAAGCAAGUAUUAUGAAAGUUGGUGUGUGUGGUGGAUGUUUUUUUUUUAUAUAUAUAUAUAUUGAGAAUAAAUCUUCAUAUAAAAUUAGUCCUAUUAUUUCCCCUUUGGGUUGGAGACAGACCAUCACUGCUUUGAAUCGCUUACCCUGCAUUUUAAAUAAUGAGGUUGACAUAGAGGAAGGGGCCUCAUUGGGUUAAAAGCGAAGGUUCCAGAACGGCAGGCAGUGGUGUGUGACUAGAAGGCCACAUCAAAGCUGGCACCUGUGGUAGUGCCAGAUUCCCGCCCAGGGCUUGGAUAUCCCAGUACUGGGAAGUGUUACAUAGGGAGAUCGGAAGCAGACCACGAAACUCCUUGGAAGUCUGGACGUACACCUACCAAGGGCCUGCCGGCUGUGUUCACACAAGGCUCUGAGCAGAGCACGCUGUCCUGUCUGCAUGCAGUCGCUGUGCCCCUGCAGCCUCUGCUGCCACCACUGCGGCCUUCUUGGCAGUCCAUGUCCUGUCUCCUGAGAUGGCACUGAAGGGUCACCUGGUCGUGGGGACUGUUCUCCACCCCUGCCCGUGCAGAGUCCAUAUGGACAGUAACAAAAACAACAGCAACCUCCACAAGGGCUGUGGCAGAUGAGCCAGUGUCACACGCACGUGAGCGAUCUGCUCCUCUGUUGGCAUCAGUCACUUAGAAUUACUUUAAGUAAAGCUUUCUUAGGAUGUAAGGGACAUGCUGGUGGUACUCGGUGGGGGGCAGCAUGGAAGAAUUUAAAGGGUUACUGUGACUGAUGGGGAAGGCCAGGACGCCGUGCAGAGGUGCCUGGGCCUGCACCCCAGUCCCAGCAGCCAUCCCGUCACUGGGGACAGUCAGGGCACCCAUGAUGGCAGUGGGAUUUUUUUUUUUUUUUUAAAGUAAGUGGUAGCUUGAGACAGUAUUUUUUUUGCUAACAGCAGCCCCCAAAAUAAAGUGUCUAGCAAACAGCUGUUGCUGCAGAUUCCAGUUAUGUGGGUGCUUGAUCUGUCCCUUCCUCUGCCCUUGCUUCCAGUGCCUGGGACUUUUAAGUCAACUGCAGUAAACUGCAUCACCUGCAACAUCGCAUUUAACACAGAGACACGUGGACCACAUGGAAACGAGGGAGCUUUAUUGGUUACACACAGUGUUGCGGGGCCCGCGUGCAUGCAAGCAGACAGCUGCAGGCGCUGUGCUCCCACGCCUGGAGCAGGAAUGUGGAGCUGCACCUGCCUCCCAGAGCAGGAGACCAAAAUGCCUGCCUGAGCAGGGAGGCUGAAGGCCCAGCAGAGAAGCCGGUGAUGCACUGACAAGUUGCAGGGCUCUCUCCUAGCCCCCUUCCCCCAUCUUUAAAAUACAAAAAAAUAGACUUUAUUCUCUUAAAAAUACAUUCCAUCCAGUACAUGUUCUGAGCCGUGAAGCAGCAGAGAUCGGGCCCCUUUCCUAUGCUGUUCCUUGUGAGGCUUUGUGGAGAAGCCUGCUCCCCAUAGCGGGUUUUCAGAUUACCCCUAAAAGCAGCUCCCCACCCCCACCUGCACCAGCAGAGGCCCGAUACCUUUCCUGGGGAAGUGGUGACCUUGGCACUGACUCACUAAACUAAACUGCUCUGGGACAAGUCCGAGAACACUGUAGACGGCCACCCCCUCCCAGCACCGUGUAAGGGGACGAUUCCCGUGCAAGCUCGCCUGCAGCUGAGGUUAGAUGCCUUGGCCCCACCACAGACCCCUUCAGUCCUGACUCACUGCAACUCAA